AGCCUCCCCCUCGGCCUUCACAAGCGGCUGAAGGUGACUCUCCUCUCGGCUGGGGGAUGCAGAGGGAGCUGCUGGCGGUCCAUCCGCCCCGCUACACUGUCCUCAUCCGGGGAACAUCUGUUCGCCUCAUUCGAGGCUAGCUCACCGCGCUUUUUUUCUGCGGCGUCCUCGGCGGUAGCGUCUUUUUUUUUUUGCUUCGCUUAGAGGACACAGACAGCAAGCCGCCAGAAGAAGACGGGCGCUCUCUGCAUGCAUGAGUUCUGCACCGUGCGGGCGGAAAAAGCGCCCCCGAUCCGCUGGCAGCGUCUUGCCCGUCACCAGAGGGCCGACGACGGAUUCGGAGCACCGGGAGAGCACCGUGGACGUCAGCAGGAUGACUGUGCAGGAAUUCAACACCCUGGUGGCGCUCUACCGGGAACAGGUCAUUUCUGUGGGUGAGAUGUCAGCCGACUGUCCCUCCCUGCGGGCUCAGAUGCACUACACGCGAGCGAAAGGAUGCUCCAUGGCCCGGGCUGCGCAUCAAGACCUCGCCCUCAUCGCUGUGUCUGGCCCGGAGGACGGAGAGAUCCACCCGGAGAUAUGCCGGCUCUUCAUCCAGCUGCAGUGUUGCCUGGAGAUGUUCAUCACGGAGAUGUUGAAGUCCAUGUGCCUGCUGGGGGUGUUGCAGCUUCACAGAAAAAGAACCGACUCCGAGCCGAAGAUGGACUUCAGGGUGGACGAAAGUUCGGAUGUUCCCAUCCUCGAGGACCGCUCCUCCUCACCCAUCGACUACCCUCACGAUCCGUGGCUGGUGGGAGUCCACAUUGAAAACAUCGAGAGUUUGUUCCUGCUGCUCCAUCUCCUCACUUUGAUAUCCGCCGGUCUGUCUUGUUUUUGCGAUCGCUACCCCUGGAGCCCAUGGUCUACCUGCUCCCGGACAUGCAACCACGGCACGCAGAGCAGACAAAGGACGUUUCAAUAUGACGAUUACUACUGGAAGAGCAGCUGUCAUCAGCUGUGCAAGAGUCGUGACAGCAAGGCUUGUAAUGUGCAGGCUUGUCCCAUAAAUUGCCUGCUGACAGAGUUUGGGCCCUGGUCUGACUGCUCCCCUUGUGCCAAGAAACAGUUACGGACCAGGGCGAUCCAAACGCCAUCCCAGUUUGGUGGCGCGUCAUGCGAUGUGGAACUGAUGGAAGAGAGGCCCUGUUAUCCUGCCACAGAGUGCAAGCUGGCACCAAUCGACUGCAGAGACAACUUCAAAUGCGACAACGGACGCUGCAUCAACGCCACACUAACUUGCAACAAACAGAACGACUGCGAAGAUAACUCCGAUGAGAGGGAUUGCGCUGACUUCAAAGUUGUGUGUCCAGCCGAGAAGAGAGCGGCUCCCGGUGCUGACCUGGUGGGGAACGGGUUCGAUGCGCUGGCAAAUGAGCCGCGAGGGGCCGUCCUGGACAACAUGUUCAUGGGAGGAAGCUGUAUCAUCAGGAGGCCUCCGAGCACACUGCUUUACCAUCGGAUACCGCACAACUUUGAGAGCUUUGACAUUCAGGCUGGCGUGAUGGAAGACUUCAGCACGGAUCCCCGCCCUCUGCACUCCGAGUCCAUUCAUGUGAAGAAGUCCAAUGAGGACGAGAGAAACCAAGACAUCUUUUUCUUCGGACGGCGGUUUUUGACGUCACAUAUCAAGUCAAAGGAUGCAUUCGAAGCGUCAAAGAAAUCGGAUUCCGUGUUUUUCCGGGUGCACCAGGUUCUGCCUGUGUCCACGUUCAAAGUUCGGGACCCGAGCGAUUUGGUCUUGUCCGGACCGUUCCUCAAGUUCCUCCACGCUCUUCCCAUCGAAUACAACUACGGCCUCUACAGAAACAUCUUUCAACGCUUUGGAACUCAUUACUACAGCUCGGGGACACUUGGAGGCCUCUAUGAUCUGCUCUACCAGUACAACCGAGAGGAGCUUACCAGUUCAGGUGAAACGGAGGAACAUGUCAAAGGCUGUCUGGGCCGAGAGACCAAAUGGCGAAUCGUUCUGGCUCAAGGGAGGGCUCUACCGAUGUGCGCCGACAACAAAAUGACUCAAAAAUAUCAAGGCUCAUACAUCCAGGCAGCGGAGAAGUCCUACUCUGCGGUGAAAGGCGGACGGACCAGAGAGGCGGCGUCUCUGGCGUGGGAGAGGCAAGGCCCCGCUCCUGAUCGAACCUCCUUCAAGAACUGGGCCAAGUCUGUCCUCGAUAAUCCCGCUGUGGUUGAUUUCAAGGUGCAGCCAAUCAUAGAUCUGGUGCGGGGCAUCCCGUGUGCAGCCACAAAGAGGAGGCACCUGACGAAAGCUUUGCUGCAGUACUUGCAAGAGUUUGAUACCUGCAAGUGCUCUCCCUGCCCCAACAAUGCCAGAGCUUUUCUCUUUGGGACUGAGUGCAAGUGUGCCUGCCAGACCGGCACAUUUGGGCCCAACUGUGAGCAGAGAGCUCCUGACUACGAUUCAGAGGAAGUCGAUGGCUCCUGGAGCUGUUGGGGGCCGUGGAGUCGCUGUGGAGCCUCCAUGAAGAGACAUCGCAGAAGGAAAUGUGACAACCCUGCACCCCUGAGAGGAGGCCAACCCUGCAAGGGUCCUGACAGUGAUGAGGAACUGUGUCACAUCUCCCUUUUCAAACCACAUGAAACAUGUGACAAUGAUGAUGACUUCACGACCGGAUGGAGGGAGGAGCUUCCUCCUGGUGUGCAGGGUUGUCGCAGGCCAAAGCCGCCUGACAACAGCUUCCUCAGGAAAGCAAAGCAAUACUAUAAUUUUGGCGAGGAUGAAGAGUUCCAGUGUUUCACAGGAUUUGAGCUGGAGGGUUUCCAGUUCAUCAAUUGUCUUCCUGACGGGACGUGGAGCCAAUCAAAAGCAAGCUGCCUGAGAAAGAUAUGUCUUCCCCCCGAUAUUCCUGAUGGCAUGACGUUGUUCCCCAGCAAAGAAGAGUACAAAGUGGCCGAUUCGGUGGGUUUGAACUGUGUUGAGGCGGGUUUGUCGCCGCUGCCUCGAGGCUUUUACAGGUGCAGCGACGCUCUCACCUGGGAACCUCCGUUACCUGCAGGAUUGCACUGCACCAAUGAGGAACCUUUUGAACCGGACAGUCAGUGUGGUCCAGGGGAGAAACACCAAGGCUCUCAGUGUGUCUGCAUACCGCGGGAGGAUUGCCUAUCCGAAGCAGAGAAUCUCUGUAUCCUGAACACUGACAUCAACGUCACUGUGCCGAUGUCCCUCUGCUCCUUCCACGCCGGCCGUUGCCACGGCGAUCCACUCUUCUUUGUCUCCGAAGGUGCUUGCGACACCGUGGAUCCGGAUAAACUGGAGUGGGCCCGUUUCCGAGCCAAGUUUGCCUCCAAGAGUUCUCUCAAAGAGUCGUGUGAUCUUGACACGUGUUAUGAAUGGGAGAGAUGUUCAACAUCUCAGAAGUGUGAGUGCAUUGCUGCUCGCGAGUGUCCCCAAGUUGAGAAGCACAAGUUCUGUCUGAUGCUAACCAGGAUCCAGAGGACUCGCAGUGUGGACCUUUGCUCCAUGGCUGCUCUGAGGUGUGCCAACUAUCAAUUUGAGAUCCUCAAUGAAGGUGUGUGCGAAUCCUGAUCACCUCAAAAAAAUGACGUCAUUAUACUUUUGUGAAAAAAAUUACAUUUUCAAAAAACCAAAGUACAUGAUACAAAAAUACUCCUGCCAUAAUUUUAAAUGACCAGAAAAUAUGCACAUUGGAGUUUUAAAUAAGCGAAAGAUAGACUGCCGGAAUCAGGCCCACCUAAGUGUACUGACAAUACGCACAUUAUGGAGAAGCAAGUAUACUUUGGAAGCAUUUUUGGAAUUUGACGUUCUUGCGAGCUUGCCACGGCUGCCUUGUUAUAUUCUGCCACUCUUCUUCAUUCAUAAGUUGAACCCAUUUAGUAAAUCACUUCUGUUUGCUCUUACCGCUUUUCAAUGUCAUGAAAAGUCAUAUGAUGCUACGUGCGCAACAGACAUAAUAUGGGCUAAAUAGAGACUUGAGGCAUAUUUCGCAAAGCGUUACGAUGAGUGUCGCAAAAUGGAUGAAAGUCGUUGUUGCCAAAGGUUGCAAUUUGCUUGGACACAAUAAAAACAUGACAAUCUCCUUGGA